AUGAGUGAGAGGCGAAGAUCGGCGGUGGCCCUCAGCUCCCGAGCGCACGCUUUCUCGGUAGAAGCCUUGAUCGGGACAAAUAAAAAGAGGAAACUGCGAGACUGGGAGGACAAGGGGCUGGAUUUGUCCAUGGAAAGCCUCAGCCCCAAUGGCCAGCUGGGGGACAAUGAAGACCCGACUCAGUGCCUGGACCUCAACCCCGACUCAGAGCAGAGCACUGGGUCAGACACAGAGGUACUGACAGAAAGGACAUCCUGCUCAUUUGGCUCCCAUUCCGACCUUACAUCUGGUGGCUCAGGCCCUCAGCCUCCUCCGCCUUCAUCCAUGGAAGAGAUCCAGGUAGAGCUGCAGUGUGCUGACCUCUGGAAAAGAUUUCAUGACAUUGGGACAGAGAUGAUCAUCACAAAAGCAGGCAGGAGAAUGUUUCCAGCCAUGAGGGUGAAAAUUACAGGCUUGGAUCCCCACCAGCAGUAUUAUAUUGCCAUGGACAUUGUCCCUGUGGAUAACAAGAGAUACAGGUAUGUGUAUCAUAGCUCCAAGUGGAUGGUGGCUGGCAAUGCUGACUCUCCAGUACCCCCAAGGGUUUACAUCCACCCUGACUCACUGGCUUCUGGAGACACCUGGAUGAGACAGGUGGUCAGUUUUGACAAGCUCAAGCUGACCAACAACGAGCUUGAUGAUCAAGGCCAUAUAAUCUUACAUUCAAUGCAUAAAUACCAGCCUCGUGUUCAUGUCAUCCGCAAAGAUUUCAGCAGUGAUCUUUCUCCUACAAAACCAGUUCCUUCAGGAGAUGGGGUGAAAACUUUUAACUUCCCUGAGACAGUUUUCACCACAGUGACAGCCUACCAAAAUCAACAGAUCACCAGAUUAAAAAUUGACAGAAACCCCUUUGCUAAAGGUUUCAGAGAUUCUGGGAGAAACAGGACGGGGCUGGAGGCCAUUAUGGAGACCUACGCCUUCUGGAGGCCCCCCGUGCGCACUCUCACCUUUGAAGACUUCACUACCAUGCAGAAGCAGCAAGGAGGCAGCACAGGAACCUCCCCAACCACCUCCAGCACAGGGACCCCAUCACCAUCUGCUUCCUCUCACCUUCUCUCUCCAUCCUGCUCUCCUCCGGCCUUUCAUCUGGCCCCCAACACUUUCAAUGUUGGCUGCAGGGAGAGUCAGCUUUGCAACCUCAACUUGUCUGAUUAUCCCCCAUGUGCCAGAAGCAACAUGGCUGCAUUGCAGAGCUACCCAGGGCUGAGUGAUGGUGGCUACAAUCGGCUGCAGAGCAGCACUGCUUCUGCCUCGCAGCCCUCUGAAACCUUCAUGCCUCAGAGGACUCCAUCCUUGAUCUCAGGAAUGCCAGCUCCUUCCUCCCUGCCCAGCAACAGCAAGAUGGAGGCAUACAGUGGCCAGCUGGGAUCUUUCCCCAGCUCUCAGUUUCAGUAUGUCAUGCAAGCAGGCAACCCUGCCUCCACCUCCUCCUCUUCACACAUGUUUGGUGGUGGCCACAUGCAGCAGAGCUCCUACAACGCCUUCUCCCUGCACAAUCCCUACAACCUCUAUGGAUACAAUUUCCCUGCUUCCCCCAGGCUGGCAGCAAGCCCAGAGAAACUCACCACCUCCCAAAGCACUUUACUCUGCUCUUCCCCAUCCAGUGGGGCCUUUGGAGAGAGGCAAUACCUUUCCACAGGAAUGGAACACGGGAUGCACAUGAUCAGCCCUCCCUCCAGCAACCAGCAGACAGCCAACACCUGUGACAACAGACAGUAUGGUGCAGUUCAGGGCUCCUCCUCACAGAUGUCAGUGCACAUGGUCUAACAAGCCAUGCCUCUCCUUGGCAUCGGAGGCAGCC